AUGUUCACCACCGGCAUCGUCACCUCCGUCCCAUUCUUGGCCUUUCUCGGCCUGUUGAUGUACGUGUCGGCGUACGCGCAGUCGUUGGCGCUGCUCUGCUUCCACUUCAUCUACCGAAUGCGCUUCUUGCGCGAGAUGGACCCGUGGGAGGUGUGGUGCUGGCUGAUCGGACUGUACUUGGCGAUGGCCUGCGGAUAUUGCCUGAACGCGUACGUCUUCUUGGUCGAAGACCCCGUCGUGCAGGCUCACUUCGAGAAGCCGUUCCGAGAAAAGUUUGAGGACGAUAUUUACUCGCUGAUGACGGCAAUCCUCGAGUCGUCCUCCUCGGAAAAGACGAAAAAGGCGCAGAUGGGCAUUUUUCGGGCGUUGAUUAUACAGACGCUCAUCCCGGUGGUUUUUGAAUACGUCCCGAGCGGAAUUAUUCUGCUUUUUCCAAUUUUUGGAAUCUCGUUGGAUACGACGUUCGUGACGAUAUCUUUCGGCAUCUACUCGUUCGUCGAACCGCUGGCCAUGAUCUAUUUUGUGGCCGACUACCGUAACGCCGUAUCGUACUAUUUUUGCCGGGCUGCGGGUAGAUCCCACGACCGCUCACUGAAAACCACCGUAAAAGUGAUUACGACAUUU